UAAAUAAAUACUCCUACGCCACAUAGCCGAGAAAACCCAUCAUCUCCAUCUCGUCCGCCGCGACGAGCCCAAAAAUAGGCGAACCCGCAACCCGCCCAGCCAGCAAGCCAGCCAGCCGGCCGGCCGGCCGGGCCGCCACCGUCAGCGAGAGCGGCAGCGGCGGCGUUCACGCGCUCCCCCCUACUAUUUAUACGCGGCCCCGCCCCCGCCUCCGCCCUUUCCUUAGGCAGGCGCGCACAUCUAGCCCCUGCCCCCCCUCCGGCCCUCCCCUUUUGCCCUCCCUAAUAAAAUUUUCCAAUCCAUCGAUCGGUCGGUUGGUCCUCCUCGUCGAGGAGUGGGGAAUCGGUGCGAUUCCGUCGUGGUUGGAGACGAAAGGCACCGGGAUUUUGUCUUUGUUUGUUGAUCUAGUUGCGUAAGGCUGUGUGCUUGUGCUGAGGAAGAGGACGAGGACGAGGACGAGGACGAGGGAUUCUUGGGCGUGUUGUUGAGGGUUGCAGCUGAGGGCACGGCGGCGGCGGCGACGACGGCGAAGAAGAUGCGGGUGCUGGAGGACGACCUCUUCCCGUCCACGCCGGGGAAGGUGAAGAUCGAGAGGGCGACGGCGAUGAACCGCCAGCUGCACAGGUGCUUCGCGUCCACGAGCACCAUGUUCCUGUGGGCGCUGUUCCUCGUCGCCAUGACGGCGUCGUACCUCAGCUUCCAGUCGUUCGUCGACACCUCCUCCAAGUACUUCGCGGCCUCGUGGGGUGGGUUGCACUGGGAGCGCCAGAUCCGCGCGUCCGCCGCGCCGAGGCGGCCUCCUGGGUCGGCUGCCGGAGCGGGGAUGUCGGUGCUGGUCACCGGCGCGGCCGGGUUCGUCGGCACCCACUGCUCGCUCGCGCUCCGCAAGCGCGGCGACGGCGUCGUCGGCAUCGACAACUUCAACUCGUACUACGACCCCUCGCUCAAGAAGGCGCGCAGGUCGCUGCUCGCCUCGCACGGGGUGUUCGUCAUCGAGGGCGACAUCAACGACGGCCGCCUCCUCGCCAAGCUCUUCGACGUCGUGCCAUUCACGCACGUGCUCCACCUCGCGGCGCAGGCCGGGGUGCGCUACGCCAUGGAGAACCCGGCGUCCUACGUGCACUCCAACAUCGCCGGCCUCGUCACCCUCCUCGAGGCCUGCAAGGACGCCGACCCGCAGCCGGCCAUCGUCUGGGCCUCCUCCUCCUCCGUCUACGGCCUCAACGACAAGGUGCCCUUCACGGAGAGCGACCGCACCGACCAGCCGGCGUCCCUCUACGCCGCCACCAAGAAGGCCGGCGAGGAGAUCACCCACACGUACAACCACAUCUACGGCCUCUCCAUCACCGGCCUCCGCUUCUUCACCGUGUACGGACCCUGGGGCCGGCCGGACAUGGCCUACUUCUCCUUCACCCGCAACAUCCUGCAGGGGAAACCCAUCACCGUGUACCGCGGCAAGAACCACGUCGACCUGGCCCGCGACUUCACCUACAUCGACGACAUCGUCAAGGGCUGCCUCGGCUCGCUCGACACGGCCGGGAAGAGCACCGGCACCGGAGGCAAGAAGCGCGGGCCGGCGCCCUACAGGAUCUUCAACCUCGGCAACACCUCCCCGGUGACGGUGCCCAGCCUGGUGUCCAUCCUGGAGAAGCACCUCCGCGUCAAGGCCAAGAAGAACGUGGUCGAGAUGCCCGGCAAUGGCGACGUGCCAUUCACGCACGCCAACAUCUCUCUCGCGAGGCAGCAGCUCGGGUACAAGCCGACGACCAACCUCGACGUCGGCCUGAAGAAGUUCGUCAAGUGGUACCUCUCCUACUACGGCUACACCAGAGGAUCCAAGAACUUGUGACUAUAAUCCAGCCUAAUUCUUCUGCUAAUUCUUUCUCUUUUCUUUCUUUCUUUUUCUCUUCCUUUCUGGCCACCCAGUGGCCGGUUCCACUCCCGGAUCAAACAUUAACAUUCUUAUUUCGAUUUUUUUGGGGAAAUAUUUUAGGAUGUUCUUUGAGAUACUGGGGGAAAUGGAAAAAUGGAAAAUUCUUUUCUUGUUGAGGAGAGGGAGGAAGAAGAAAGCAAUGGAGGGCACCAUUUUUCUCCUCC